CUUUCGAGCUCCAGCCCCGCUCCCUCCCUUUCUCCGCUCCGCUCCCGCGCCUCCGCGGUCCAGCUAGAGGGACGAACGUGGCCCUUAGCAGCCACCGUAUCCGAUGGAGGACGUGGGAUGGUGGCGGAGCUGGCUGCAGCAGAGCUACCAGGCAGUCAAGGAGAAGUCCUCCGAAGCCUUGGAGUUCAUGAAGCGAGACCUGACAGAGUUCACCCAGGUGGUCCAGCAUGACACGGCCUGCACCAUUGCAGCCACAGCCAGUGUGGUCAAGGAGAAGCUAGCUACUGAAGGCUCCUCGGGGGCAACAGAGAAGAUGAAGAAGGGGUUGUCUGACUUCCUAGGGGUGAUCUCCGACACCUUCGCUCCCUCACCAGACAAGACCAUAGACUGCGAUGUCAUCACCCUGAUGGGCACACCCUCUGGCACAGCUGAGCCCUAUGAUGGCACCAAGGCUCGCCUCUACAGCCUGCAGUCAGACCCGGCAACCUACUGCAAUGAACCAGAUGGGCCCCCGGAAUUGUUUGACGCCUGGCUUUCCCAGUUCUGCUUGGAGGAGAAGAAGGGGGAGAUCUCAGAGCUCCUUGUAGGCAGCCCCUCCAUCCGGGCCCUCUACACCAAGAUGGUCCCAGCAGCUGUUUCCCAUUCAGAAUUCUGGCAUCGGUAUUUCUAUAAAGUCCAUCAACUAGAGCAGGAGCAGGCCCGGAGGGAUGCCCUGAAGCAACGGGCAGAACAGAGCAUCUCUGAAGAGCCUGGCUGGGAGGAGGAAGAAGAGGAGCUUGUGAGCGACUCACCCAUCUCUGCAAAAGAGGCAAAGGUUCCUGUGGCCAAAACCUCCACGUCCCCUGAAGGAGGACCUGGCCCCCUGAGCCCCUGUGAAGAGAAUCUGAUGACUCCAGCCGAGCCUCCAACAGAGGUGACUCCUUCAGAGAGCAGUGAGAGCAUCUCCCCCGUGACCCAGAUCGCCAAACCUGCCACUGCAGCUGAGGCACCCGUGUUGCCCAAGGACCUGUCCCAGAAGCUGCUAGAGGCAUCUUUGGAGGAACAGGGCCUGGCUGUGGAUGUGGGUGAGACUGGACCCCCGCCCCCAGCUCAGUUCAAGCCCCACACCCCUGCUGGCCGCCCCAGCGGCCCAGAGCCUAGGCCUCCAGCCAGAGUAGAGACUCUGAGGGAGGAGGUACUCACAGACUUACGGGUGUUUGAGCUGAACUCGGACAGUGGGAAGUCUACGCCCUCUAACAAUGGAAAGAAAGGCUCAAGCACGGACAUCAGUGAGGACUGGGAGAAGGACUUUGACUUGGACAUGACUGAAGAAGAAGUACAGAUGGCACUCUCCAAAGUGGAUGCCACUGGGGAGCUGGAAGAUGUAGAGUGGGAGGACUGGGAAUGAGGGGCCAGAGCGUGCAGCUCCCCCGCCCACAGAACCUCCCACCCCCUCGCUCACCUCAGCCCAGCCCUGGAAGACACUGACUGAGAAUGUCCCCCCAAUGGCUUCUGUCAACCAGACCUCUGGGUGGCUCUUUACUGGUCUUUUGGGCCUCUGCUCACAUCUGGGAAGGGGCUCACUAAAUCCAAACCAGGAACUCUGA